AUGAGGAUGCCAGAAUUGUAUGCCUUGGCGCCAAGACCACGAUGCAAUAAUACAGUGAAUAUGGCUAGGCACAAUUCGAUUGAACCGGCUUCAUCUUUUGAUAGCAGAAUCACUACCAACUUGAAAAAGGAAGAAAAAGAUGUCAUUACUACAAUUGAAUCGGGCUCGUCUUUUGAAUCUAAACAAUUGGCAAAGAAUCCCUUCUUGGAUCCCAAAGUGGAAGAAUAUUAUCGUGACCUUUAUACCAAAUCCCGAUACGAGAGUUAUUCGGCAUUUGAUCCCAAUUUCGAAUGGACUGAAGACGAAGAAAGAACCGUCAUUUGGAAAUUAAACUGGCGAGUAGCAUUUACUGCGUGUCUCUUGUUUGUCAGCUUGCAAGUUGAUCGUGGGAACUUGGCUCAAGCCGUGUCGGAUAAUUUUUUGGAUGAUUUGGGGUUAAACACUAACGAGUACAAUACUGGUAACACCAUCUUUCUUGUUAGUUUCUUGGCUGCUGAAGUUCCGUCACAGUUGAUCUCGAAAGCUUUGGGACCUGAUAUUUUCAUCCCCUUCCAAAUUUGUGCUUGGAGUAUUGUAGCCAUGACCCAAGCUGCGCUUACAAGCAAGGCAGGGUUUUAUAUCACGAGAUGCUUGAUUGGAGCGUUGGAAGGUGGGUUUAUUGCAGAUUUGGUGUUGUGGUUGAGUUAUUUUUUUACUAGUAAAGAAUUGCCCAUUAGGUUGUCUUGGUUCUGGACUACAUUAUCCUUGGUGCAAAUAUCGACAUCAUUGAUGGCUUUUGGUUUAUUGCGAAUCAAUACAUGGGGCUGGCAUGGUUGGCAGUUCCUAUUCUUAAUCGAAGGAGGAUUCACUUUAGCCAUUGGUAUCGCAUCAUGGUUCUUGAUGGUUCCUAGUGCUGUGCAAACGAAAACAAAGUGGAAUCCAAAGGGUUGGUUCACCGACAGAGAGGAGAAGAUUGUGGUGAAUAGAAUUCUUCGAGAUGAUCCGACUAAAGGAUCAAUGAAUAACCGUCAAGCUAUUGGUCCCAAAAAUUUGUUUAAGUGUCUUAUCGAUUACGACCUAUGGCCAAUUUAUGCCAUUGGUCUCGUGGCUUACAUCGGACAAGGCACAUUCACUUCAUAUUUCACCCUUAUGAAUAGACAAUUGGGAUUCUCAGUAUUUGAUACCAAUUUAAUGACGAUUCCCUACUCUGUGCUUCACAUUGUGUUUUUGUUGAUCAUAUCAUGGUUUUCUGAACGUGUUGGUGAGAGGAGUUUGAUUUGGGUGACAUGGGUAUUGAAUACAUUGUAUUUAGGUCAGCCGUACAUUCAUGCUAUUUGUGUAGCUUGGGUAUCAAGGAACUCGAACUCGGUCAGAAAUAGAUCAAUUUGUUCGGCGUUGUACAAUAUGUUUGUUCAGUUGGGUAAUAUCAUUGGUAAUAACAUUUACCGAGAAGACGAUAAGCCCACAUACAAGAGAGGUAAUAUGCAAUUGUUUGUGAUUACAUUGAUACUUAUCCCGAUAUUGUUGUUGACUAAGUCUUACUACAUGUGGAGAAACAAAAGCAGAGACAAGAUUUGGAAUGCAAUGACUGAAGAGGACAAGCACGUUUAUAGAGAAACUACAAAAGAUGAAGCUAACAAACGGUUAGAUUUUAGAUUCGAUCAUUAG